UUUUGCAGACAAAAACGAAAAUGACAAACCCACACCGCCAGCAUCAGUGAAAGAUGUGCUGGAAGCAAUGUUAGCGACGAAUAGAACCAUCAUGGGGUGCACAGGAACCUCGGUAAAAUUUCCUGCUGCAAUCGCCGCAGCCCAUUAGAAAAAAAAACCGAUUUAUUUAAUUUCGUUUUCGUGACGAGUGCGAAUUUUCGCGGGAGGACACAUCAUCAUCAUCAGCAGCAGGGAGGCAUCAUCCCUAUCGAGCAGUACUUUCAAAAAGUACCACAAUUUUAGCGAUGCGAGCAAAACCCGUGGCACUGAUCUCGAAGCCGCCUCGGCGAUGAGAAAGAGCUAUGUGUUCGUAGACGGGAAAGGGUCCCCGAUCGUUCGACUAUCGCGGACGCCAUCUCCGCCGCCCUCGCCACCACCGCCGCCGCCGCCACUUGCCGCACUACCCUCCUCCUCGUCGUCGACCUCUGCACCACCACCACCACAGCCGCCACAGGACCACCACCACCGCCGCCGCCCACUGGCCGCCUUUCUCGCCAUGCAUCCCACACUCAUGAUGAUCCUGGCCACAGCCCUGCUGACACUGGCUGCCACGUCACUGCUGUGUGUGAGUCUCCUGUCGGACCGCUGGGAACUCGUCACUUUCGACGCACACGGGAUCGAGGCUAUCCUGAGUGCCAGGAACUGGACAGACAGGGUUCGAUGGUUGUUCGGGGAUGUGCGAGUGGGUGUUUUUCUCGCUGCGACGACGGCAGUGUCUGCGUCUGCGACGACGAGACCCGCGACGAAUGGCAGUGGAGUCGUCAGCAGCAACCAUGCUGGCACGUCGGCAAGGACCAGCAUCAUGAGCACUGGCACCACCACGAGUGCCACCGGCAAGACGACCAUUAUAGGUAAUGCCCUGAGGGGCACCGAUGACAGCUCUACUGCGAUCACCGAGGAGCCCUUCAGUGACAGCUUCUUUGUCCCUAUGCACGGCGGGGUUUGGAAAAUGUGCCCAGAUGUCGCAGAAAAAGAGUUGGAAGUGGUUGUUGAACUUGGAUUCGGCCUAAAUGACUGCAUCCACCAUUUGGACCAAGACGUGGUGAAAAGAUUAACCCACCCUCGUGAUGACUGGGUGCAAAGAAUGCAAAACCUUUCCAUUUCCUGUGCCAUGGUUUGUCUCAUUCUGCUUGGAGCGUCUGCUGUAGUUGGCUUUGCUGGAGUUUGUCGACAGGAAAUUCCUGCUGUUCUGGUGACUGGUGUGCUUUAUUUGUUGACU